AUGGCAACGGGAUCGUUCUACAAUUUCUUACUCGUCUUUUUCGUCGCGUUGGGUUCCUUUACCUAUGGUUUCAAUUCGGCCAUCAUCGGAUCCGUAUUGGGUUUGCCAUCCUUUUUUAAACAUUUCGAUCUGGACCUGGAGGGGGCAAAUGUAGAGGAAACUAAUAGGAUAAUUGGAGCAACCAAUGGCAUGUUUGCCGGAGGUGGAAUGAUCGGCUGUCUUUUGGUGCCAUGGAUAGCAAACAAACUGGGAAGACUUCGAACCAUCCAGAUCGUUGCUCUCCUCUGCGUUGUUUCUGCUGCUAUCCAAGCUGGAUCAGUACACAUCGCCAUGUUUCUAGUCGGCAGAUUCUUCAAUGGCAUCGGUGUUGGCAUGGUCGAUGUCGCUGUGCCUCUUUACCAAGCUGAGGUGUCGCCCGCAAAGACACGAGGACGCAUGGUGGGAUCUCAUGGAUUCUUGAUCGUUUGCGGAUAUGCUGGAGCCGGUUGGGUUGGCUAUGGCUGCUACUUUCUAACCAACGAAGCCGUCCAGUGGCGCCUGUGCCUUGCACUACAAAUGCUUGCACCACUGUUGCUACUCGCCGGGUCGCCAUGGGUUCCUGAAUCACCACGGUGGUUGUGUGCAAAGGGAAAGAACCCUGAGGCUCUAGCUGUCCUAGAGAAAAUGCAUUCUCACGCCAUGGAGGAAUUCUAUCAGAUCCAUCUGCAGCUGGAACUCGAACAAAGCCAACAGGUCAACAAUUCAUGGAUUGAGAUAUUCCGGAAGAAGUCGUACAGGAAACGACUAAUCUACGGUUUUUUUGUUCAAUGUAUCGCUCAGUCGACUGGCGUGCUCGUUGUCAACAAUUAUCAAGUUCUUCUUUACAAUGGACUGGGACUUUACAACUCGACGCCUUUAGUUUUGUAUGCCUGUUACAACUCCUGGGCAGCCUUCAUGAACUGGGUCAACAGCAUCAUGCUCGACCGAUGGGGCCGUAUCCGUAUUAUGACAGUUGGUCUGAUCGGCUGCGCACUCUCACUUUCUUGUUUCACCGCCAUGGUUGCCGAGUACGGCGGCACGGAAAACAAGAUCGGUAACGGGUUUGGUGUGUUUUUCCUCUACCUCUUCGUCACUUUCUAUGGAGGCACUAUGGACGCGUCCUCUUACGUCUACUGCGCGGAGAUUUUCCCAACCACAAUCCGGGCCCAGGGUUUAGGUUUCAGCGUCAUGGGCCUCUUCAUGAUGACUUUAAUCUACACCCAAACAGCCCCGACUGCAUUUGCUGAAGUUGGAUGGCGUUACUAUCUUGUCUUCAUUACUAUUCCUUUGGCCGGGGUUUGGUUUCUGGCUACGUUCCUCCCUGAAACGAGGCUACUGAGCCUAGAAGAGAUAUCUAAUCUGUUUGGUGAUGAAGUUGCUGUUGACCUUGCACAGAUGUCAGAGGAGCAGCAACAAGCAAUGGAAGCGGACUUUCGCGCAAACAACCCGAAUCUAACAUCUACUGUUGGGCAUGAGUCAAAGGAUGUUUCUUCUACUCGUAUCGAGUCUACAAUGUAA